AUGGCGGUGGUUCUUGGAAAUUGGGCUUUGUUGCUGGAUGCAACGUCGCCUCGGAUUGUAUUGGCAGAUCGAAAGGCUCGUCCAUUGGCGCUUGACGUUGUUUUGAGCUUACACAAGAGAGACCUUAACGCGUAUUAUGCGGCGAUUGACGGUACAAGUUUCGAAUCAGAUGGUGAGUCAAGGAGCCGAAGAAUUGUGGCUCGUGGAAAGUCGAAUUCGAAGAAGAACGGUGGCGUUGAGUUUGAGAGCGAUGAAGAGGAAAACUGGGACGGUAAUGGAUUCGAUGAAGAGGAGAAGUUCGAUUGGGAGAAAGAAAUGCGGAAGAGAGUGAAGGAGAUAGAGGAGAGGAAGGAAUUGGAGAAGAAGGCGGAAGAAUUACAGAGUAAAAUUGAGGAAGAAGGGAGCGAGGACGGAGAGGAAACUGAGGAAGAGAAGAGGAUGAGAGUGAGAAAGGAGCUUGAAAAGGUGGCUAAGGAACAGGCGGAACGAAGAGAAACGGCUCAGUUGAUGUUUGAUUUAGGUCAGAAGGCGUACGGCAGAGGCAUGUACAGGCGAGCCAUCGAGUUCUUAGAAGGCGCGCUUACAAUAAUUCCCGGAUCUACUUUAUUCGGUGGUGAGAUCCAAAUAUGGCUUGCUAUGGCUUAUGAAGCAAAUAACCGCCAUGGAGAUUGCAUUGCUUUGUACCGGCAAUUGGAGAAGACGCACCCCAGUGUCAGCAUCAGGCGACAGGCGGCGGAUCUUCGAUAUAUCUUACAAGCACCAAAAAUCAAGAUAUCACAGGAGGAAAUGGUAACAAUACCUCUAAUCGGUUCUGAGUACGACAGCUACGCAGCAACGUGGAGUGACAAGAACAAAGACAAAGACCAGAAGGGAAGCUGGUCGACCACGAAUCAGCUGUCGUCGUCUAGAGACUAUUUGGGGGACUUCCUUGUUUGGCGACCGCCAAUUGGGUUGGGAAAAACCCAAGCCUUCUGGGUGGGGCUGACCUUGUGGCUGGGCUUGGUUGGUGCAGCGCUCUUACUUCAAAAGUGACCACUCCUCAAAAUGUAAAUAUUAUAGGUAAUGCCUGAUUAUUCUCAUUCGAAUGUGACGGUGGAUUUGGUUAUAUUUUGACGAUCACUUCAUACUAUAUAGGUUCUUAAACCAUUAUAAAUGAAUUAUAAACGAAUUUGUUUUGUUCUAA